GGAUGUUGCGCCGCACACACUGACAAGCAUAGCCACUUUGGCUGGCCCAACUCUCCCACGCCGGUCACCGCCGCUCAUGAGUUUGACGGUACCGCAACCUAUCCAUGACGCUCUCGACGACACUAGUCUCGAGCCAGUCAUUCCCGUGUCGCAGUUGCCACCCCUCGCGGCCCCUUCGGCCACACCCAGUGUUCCAUCGAUCGCAACGACAUCGCCCCAGAGCAGCGUGGAAGAUUUGCCGGCUGCAACGCCGACUCACGACGGAUGCCACGGUGGAGCGUGGGUGUUCUCGCCGCCAGCUCAACCGCCGUCUCGCAAACCAUCGGCGCGCAAGUCGUCCGUCAGUAGCUUCUUUUGCUUUGCCCAUACCCCGACCGAAGCCAGCCAACACGAAAAAGACCAGAACGAUCGGCGUCGUUUGCAGCGGUUGCACCAGAUCCCAGAGAACGACGCAUUUUCAUCGUCGCGACGACGGCGGAGGCGCAAGACACCGCUCAUUCUCCUCGGAUCGGUCCUGUUGUUUGGCGUGGUCGCCACGGUCCUCUUGGUGUCCAAAGGCGACAGCAGCAACGCAAGCUUGGGCGAUAUGGUCAACGCGACGGCCGCACCUCGUGGAAUGCCCGAUGCGAUCGACAACACACAAACACCCGCGAAUGCGUCGUUGCCAAACAACCCUGCCGAGACUCCCGUCGGCGUCGACGAAGAUGUUUAUGGUUGGGGCCGUGGCGAUGGCACCAACGUCCGAUGGUCCAAGUACCGGUUCUACUUUGUCAACAAGUGCUCGUUUCCACUCCAUCUCUAUCAAAAGUACCGCGACGAUUCGCGCAACUGGUCGUUUUGCCAAGUGCCAGUCGGGUCGUACGGGUGUCCAAACAACCGCGACGGUGCUUACUUGCACACUCCCCACGCCGGACACGACCAAGCCACUGUUUGAAAUCACGGUCCAGUCCGCGAUGGGCACGUUCUACGACAUCAGUAUCAUUCCGCCGGGGUGCACGGGGGACAUGCUGAGCUUGGCGAUGUGCAAAAACCAGACGGGGAAAGUCGGGUUCAACGUGGCGAUGGCGGUCACCCCGCUCCACUCGAUUUGCGUGCCCCUGACGUGCUAUGCCGACGCAUGCCCCGACGCGUACCAUUUCCCCAAAGACGACGGCAAGAAUCAUGGGUGUGUGUCCACCGAUGCCAUCUACCAAGUCACAUUUUGCCCGCCAGUCCGAUAAUGUGAUGCAGUCGUGUGUGUUGGGUGCGCUCAGAGGAGCGCCACGUCAUGCGUGCAUGAACGACUGCAACGAUGCGAGCCAAGCGCAAAGACGCGUGUCCUGCAUCACGAAAACGAUAGUGUAGUUGUUGUUGCUGCUGCUUGAGUCUGGCUAAAACGGAAACACGGUUCGAAGGUGGUGCCA